UUUGUGUUUUUUUGCGAUCGACGAGGGACCACUGUGUUCUAAUUUUUUUUUUUGAAGAUGUGAAACUACCUUCACACACUGAAGACCAACAUCAUGGUCGUGAACAGUCAGUGACCAGAACCUGGUGGGAACAUGACUGGUCCGCGCUGAACCUCUUUGUCGAAGGUCACUGCUGAACUUGCAGGUGGUGGCAGUGCCUGAUAUGUCCAGCAGGGCGGCAGUGUUUGAUGGCUGUGGCCUCCUCUGGGCCUUACUGUUGGGAUCAGUCCUCACUGGUCCACCAGUGAGAGCCUGUCCCAACAGCUGUCACUGUAUAGAGAAGAGUGGCAACACGGUGGUCCAGUGUGUUUCUCGAAACCUGUACCAGAUCCCCACGGAGCUCCCCAAGGAGACGGUGGUUCUGCUGCUGUCGUCCAAUCACAUCAGACAUGUUCCCAGCCACGCCUUCAGAGAACUGCAUUAUCUCCAGGAGGUGGAUCUGUCCAACAAUGAGAUUGAGACCAUGGACGUUGGGGCGUUCCAGGGUCUUUCCGUCAGCCUCCUGGUACUGGACCUGUCCAACAACCACAUCCAGAGUGUCCCUAAGGACGUGUUUGCCCACCUGCGGGCAAAGGUCAGCCUGUCCCACAACCCGUGGCACUGCGAGUGCACGCUGCAGGAGGUCCUGAGGGAGCUGCGGUUGGACCCCGACACGGUCAAUGAGGUCAUCUGCCACACGGCGGUGCAGGACGAGUACGCGGGACAACCGCUGAUCCAGGUGCUGGACUCGGGGAUCAACUUCUGUAACUUCCACCAUAAGACCACGGACGUGGCCAUGUUUGUCACCAUGUUUGGUUGGUUCACCAUGGUGAUCGCGUACGUCAUCUACUACGUCAGACAAAAUCAAGAGUACGCACGACGCCAUCUGGAGUACCUCAAGUCUCUGCCCAGCACUUCUCAGAUCAGUAAGGACUUUGACACCAUCAGCAGCGCCCUCUAGAGGAUCUGCCUGUAACUCAUGGCAACAAAGGUGUGGUUUACUACAGAAAAUAUAUAUUUAAAAAAAACUGUCAGAGCUGUAAAAUCCCGUCACCAACCGAAAUUGUUAUCAACUGACCACUGUGCACCAAUCUGACCAGGACCAGAAUCCUACUGGAGUCUUAACGUCAUUACUGCCACAUUUUCUGGUUGUGACAUUUUUUGUCACAGACCAGAGUGGACGUUUUUAUGACAUUUUAUAUGUUGUUUACAUUUUGUAGAUUGUUAGUGUGAAGUAGACUUCGUUUUUAAAAUGAACUGGAUUUUCUCAUUCCAUUCAUCCGUUGUCGGCCGGUGUGGGUCACAUGAUGCGUGCCAUAAAAA